AUCCCUCUCUUCAUCUGCUGUCGAGCUUGAGACGUGGUGCCUGCGUCACUCCACUGAGAGGCGGAGCUUCACGGAGGUGUUUCCCGGCUUUAUAUAGCUACAGAGACCUUUCCAUCGCAAAGCAGUGCGUCACCAGAACCCCUGGAAACUAACGUGCAAGUCCAGAAUAGAAAGAAUAACGAGUUAGACAAACAAUUAAAAUAAUAUUAAGAUUUUUUUUUUUUGCUUUGUUAUUGCAUGCGCUUUUAAGUGUUGAAUACUGAAUCAUCUGAGCUUUUAAAUCAUUUAAACAGUUCUGUCGGGACUGGAGUACACCUUUAUUGCGGUAGAAUUGAACACUUUUAUCACAGAUAUCUGGACUCGUCUUUACAUUUGGAAGUAAAACGCUCAUCGGACACUGUCGUGCGUUUUUGGAAAGUGCGUUGUUCGUUUGGGAAAGAACUUGCUGUGAGUUCACUCUACACUUCGCAAGCAUGAAAUCCGCAGAGGAAGAUGCAUAUGGUUACAGCCAAAACACCAGCAUCCCAUUACCUUUGAGCAACCCCUGCCAACCCUCCCAGUACCACAAUCUCCAGACCAGUCCUUCCUUGUCUGUAUCCAUCAGUCAGCCGUCCUCGUUCUCCCCUCAAGAUGACAUGAGCUCAGUGGGUUACUUCCAAACAUCCAACAUCCGGUCCAAUGGGGCUCCCACACUGGAGAGUCCACGCAUUGAGAUAACAGCUUACGGGCAGUUCCCAGAGGAUGAAGUGGAGGAGAACAGCAUUCCCGUGGCCAAGCGAGUCAAUUCUAUAGUGACAUUAACUUUGCCAAGCAUCGACGGUUAUCGCGACCCCACGUGCCUCAGCCCGGCGAGCAGCGUGUCUUCACGUAGCUGCCAUUCAGAUGCGUCAUCGUACGAAUCAGGCUUUUCGUACAACUAUGACAACUCGUCGCAGAACUCGCCCUGGCAGUCUCCCUGCGUCUCCCCGAAAGGUUCCUCAUCUCUGCAGUCCUGCAUCCUCGGCACUUCUCCACGCCAUUCUCCAUCUGGUUCUCCUCGUACCAGUAUCACCGAUGACAGCUGGGUGGGCACCCGAGGCUCGCGACCGAAUUCUCCUUGUGUUGGUAAAAGGAAGUACAGCUUCAAUGGUGGCCCAUCGCACAAGUACCAUCCGUACUCACCGAAUCAAUCCCCGGGGCUGUCGCCACAAACUUCGCCCCGUCUUAGCGUGACGGAGGACACCUGGCUGCCCAACACCAACCAGUACACCAACUCUGCCAUUGUCGCCGCCAUUAAUGCCCUCACCACAGAUGGAUUAACAGAUCUUGGGGAGGGGAUCCCUUUGAAGUCCCGCAAGACCAGUCUGGAGCACAGCGCCUCGAUGAACCUGAAAGUAGAACCAGGUGGAGAGGAGACAGGAUCCCUGGAGCUUUGCCAGGAGGACUUCUCCUCAGCACGGCUGCCCUACAAAAAAGAGACCUACUGCAGUGGCUUCUUGGAUGUGCCGCAACACCCAUAUUGGUCCAAGCCGAAGCCUUACAUCAGUCCAUCGCUGCCUGCUCUCGAUUGGCAGUUGCCUUCCAGUUCAGGGCCCUACAGCUUACAGAUUGAUGUCCAACCCAAGUCCCAUCACCGUGCUCACUACGAGACUGAAGGCAGCAGAGGGGCUGUAAAAGCACUGGCGGGAGGGCAUCCAGUGGUCCAGCUUCACGGCUACAUGGAGAGUGAGCCUCUGACCCUACAGCUGUUCAUUGGGACAGCAGACGACCGUCUUCUCCGGCCUCACGCCUUCUACCAGGUCCACCGUAUAACCGGGAAGACCGUGUCCACACCAAGCCACGAGGUCAUGCAGUCCAACACCAAAGUUCUUGAGAUUCCUCUGCUGCCCGAGAGCAACAUGAGGGCCAUAAUCGACUGCGCUGGAAUUCUCAAGCUGCGUAACUCAGACAUCGAGCUCCGGAAGGGCGAGACAGACAUCGGACGGAAGAACACACGUGUGAGGAUGGUGUUCCGUGUCCACAUCAACCAACCUAAUGGCAGGACCUUGUCCUUACAGGUGGCAUCUAACCCCAUUGAGUGCUCCCAGCGCUCAGCACAGGAGCUGCCCCUCGUGGAUAAACAGAGCAUGGAAAGCUGCGCCGCCUCAGGGGGGGAACAGAUGCUUCUCAGCGGGCACAACUUCCAGCACGACUCCAAGGUGGUGUUUGUGGAGCGAGCACAAGAUGGCCAUCACAUAUGGGAAAUGGAGGCCAAAGUCAACAGAGAAUCAUCCAGAUCUGUGGCUUUGCUUGUGGAUGUCCCACCAUACCGGAACCAAAGAAUAUCCAACCCAGUUAAAGUGAAUUUCUAUGUGUGCAAUGGCAAACGGAAGAGAAGCCAGUACCAGCGUUUCACAUACCUGCCCACAAACGUUCCAACCAUAAAAACAGAGCCACACGACGACUACGACCUCCCCCAGGUAUGUGUGCCGCUCCAUCCUGCCGGGUUGGCGCUGCAUCCGAAGCCCUACUACAACCCCCCGGCGAUUACCCCCAUGAUGCCAUCAGAACUAAGGCCUUGUGUCACGGGCUCCUUCACAUCCAGCCCUCAGAGACUGGUGGCAAAACCCACCUCCCUGUCCUGCUCGUCCUCCCCCAGCACCAGCCCCAAACUCCAGGAUCUUUCCCCACCUCACCUCUCCUCUAAGUGCCUAUCAGCGGGAUCGAACCUAGGUCCCCAGUCUCCAACGGUCCCACACGUCUCCACCAUCCAACCCACACCCGGACGCUACCCGCAGUCCAUCCUCUACCCAACAGGAAGUGCCGCCUCUUCUCCAGGGUCCCAUCCUUCCACCCCAAACUCCGCACCAGAACUCCCCUUCACUCCCAGCCAGAGUCUAACCCAAUCACAGGCCACCAACGAGGCCUCUGCGUUAGGAGCUCAGAUAACCAAAGGACCGGUGAGGAGCGGGUCUUCCCCCAUCCUACAGGAGGAGGGAGAUGCCCCCACCAUGCUGGCUGUCAGCAUCAAGCAGGAACCACAGGAACUGGAUCAAAUGUACCUAGAUGAUGGAGGGGUUACAAACCCUUUUACUCAUGGAAACUCUUACAAAAGCUGGCUGUGAGCCUGGCUCCUGGCCUUCACCAGCCGUAAGCUUUGAGGGGCCUCUCUGCAAUAAAGCACACUGACUUGGCCACUGUCGACGCAAGCCUGUGGCUUGAGCGCUGCCAGGAAGCUCGAUCCAGCUCGGCCUGUGCCAAAGCAGUAGAUCCUGCAGUAAAGGAAGGGGUCACUACGGGAACCGCUCCACUCCACGUGACCCAAGAGCUGGGUUCCCCAUAAGAAACCACAACAAACUUUCCAAUUUAGCCUGUGGCGCUGUUAAGAAAUGCAUGUAGGAGUGGAGAGCAGUUUGGACAUUCAGAUCAUUGAGCAAGUACAGGACUUGUGAAACAUAUUUAUGCAACAUGGUGAAUUUAGAAUGCACUGUUCAUUUAUAUCUACAAAUAGUGGGAAUGUUUUUAAAACUGAAAAGCACUAUCAACUUUAGUUCUGUUUAAGAAAUAUUAAGGUGUUUUUCAUGUCGUUCCAAACAUGUAUGACUUGAUUCUAUUUGUGGAGCCAAUACAGCUAAUACCGUGACAGUCAAUGGGGUCCAAAACAGCACCCAAAUGACUUUCAAUGCAUGGAUCAAAAUAAAACUCUGACAUGUUUUUUCUUCCUUUAUGUUCCACCAAAGUAAAUUAUAAAAGUAUUUUAGGUGAACUAACUA